UUAGGUGAAGUGAGAAAAACAGCAUGUCUGAGGAUCUCUAUGUGGAGCCGGACCCCAACAAAAUAGUUAGAUUUCAGGCAGGUGACACAGAGUACAUGAACUUUGGUGACCACAUCAACAGUGAGAUGGUUUAUGAGAACUGGAGUACAGCGCGGAAAUCAGAAGACAACACUGCCUACGACCAACAGAAAAUUGCGCCCACAGUCACUUCAGUCAGUGCAAGUUCAGGAAAGAGGAAUCUUCUCAGAGGUGCUGUCUUGUUUCUGGGGCUGCUGUGUCUCGUCCUCCUGGCUGUAGUCGCUGUCCUGGUGGUCCUAUGGAUUAAAGACGCUGCCAAACUGACCAGCGAGAGAGACAAACUCCAGACAAUUUACAGUGAAAUGGAGAGCCUCAGUCGCAAUCUUGCCCAAAAUAUAAGCCAGCUGGAGAAAGAGAAGGACCUUUUGAAGGCCAUGAACUGCAACCUCACCAGUCAGAGAGAGAUAUCAUGCUGUCCUGAUAAGUGGAUCAAGUUUGGCAACAGUUGUUAUUCAAUUUCCACCACACAGAAAAACUGGAUUGACAGCAAAAAGGAUUGCGAAAACCAUGAUGCACAGCUGGUGAUCAUAUCCAGCACCGAGGAACAGGAAUUUCUCAACUCAUUUCGCAUGCGCACCUGGAUUGGUCUGACUGAUGAAGACAGCGAAGGUACCUGGAAAUGGGUAAAUGGAAUGGAAGUUGAAAAAACGUACUGGGAGGUUCACCAGCCGGAUAAUGGCGGACCUCAUGGAUCAGAUGAAAACUGUGCUGAGAUUCAUAACAGAUAUCUCUCUAUAAACACCUGGAAUGAUCUGUCUUGCAGUUUUCCAUUAAACUUCAUCUGUGAGAAAAUUCUUUGGUAAAACCGAAUUAUCAUGGUACACUGUUGGACCGAGUCGCCGUCUGUUUUGCUCUCACACGCGAAACAACUGACAGACUGGACAUUCGCCUCCUCGGGAAGCAGUGAUGUGCAUCUUCUUUUUCUGUGUAAAUAAACUGCUGAGCUUUCAUGUUCAUCAAUUCUCUAUCCCGUUUGUGAUGUUAUGAGAAAAAACAAACCACUAUAUAAAUACAUUUGUCUC